AUGGCUACGAGGGCGUUUACUUUACCGGGGUAUCGACUCUUGCUGACACUUAUCAAAGAUGUCUUUGUACGCGACUUUGGCACGCCAGUAUCUGGUGCCGAAGGCAAAUAUGAGAUCUCCCCGUCCAACUUGGCCGUCAUGACGAGCAUGAUUAACGUGGGAGAGUUGGUGGGAUCACUGCUAGCAGCUCCCAUCAAUGACCUCUUCGGCCGAAAAGGAGCUUUCAUGUCCGGCGCCAUCGCUGUUAUCGUCGGUGUUGUAAUGCAACUUUCCACCACCUCGAGUCGUGCUCUCAUCACAGCUGGGAGAGCCAUCUCGGGGUUUGGCGUGGGUAACUUUUCCGUUACUUCGCCUUUGUACAUGGGAGAGGUUGCGCCAGAGGGGUUGAGAAGUCCACUUCUCAUGUGCUGGCAGCUCGUCUUGUCUAUAUCGCAGAUCAUCGCUGCUGGUAUAAACCGAAGUGUGAUCCACAACGACACUACUUUUGCGUAUCGAUUCCCUAUUGGGUUCCAGCUGAUAUUCCCGCUGGUACUACUCCUUGGUAUCACUUGGCUUCCAGAGUCACCACGAUGGUUAUUGCGCCGUGGACACCAUGACAAGGCGAUGCAUUCUCUGCGUGUACUUCACCGUGAAGAUAAGCAGUACAAUUGUCAAGCCGUGAUGCAAAGCAUCGAAAAAGACUCUGCAAAAGAUAACGUCGAUGAUGCAGAGAGUGCGUGGAUACAACUCAUAACAGACCCCGUUGAGCGUCGCAAAGUCAUCUACAGCGCCGGCGCUCUGGUUGCCCAGCAAAUCAACGGGAUUCAGUGGUUCUACUACUUCGGGACCAUCUUCUCCAAAGCGAUUGGCCUGCGGGAUCCAUUCCUCAUGACGCUUAUUGUCUUUAUUAUCCAAGUCUUUGUUGUUCUUGCGGCGGUGCUACUGGCUAACAAGAUCCCAAGACGACCUCUUUUGUUGAUCACUACGGGAAUCAUGACUGUGUCCAUCUUUGUAGUUGGGUGUUUGGGAAUCCCUGGUGGACAACCGAGUGAGACAGUUGGCAAGGUGAUCAUCAGUUUUGUUAUUAUUGAGAUUGUGGCCUUUAAUUUUGCUUGGGGGCCUCUUGGCUGGACUAUCGCUUCUGAAAUGGCAGUUGGAAGAAACCGCAACAAGAUCUACGCCGUGGCCGUCGCUUCGUUCUGGAUUACAGUCUGGGCCACAGUCUUUACUCUGCCCUAUCUGUACUACUCUGCCAACCUCGGCCCCAAGACUGGUUUUGUGUACACGGGACUCUGCUUUGUCACGCUGACCUACGUCUACUUUUGCGUUGGUGAAGUCACAGGGCGUAGUAUCGAAGAGAUCAAUGGCUUCUUUCGAGAUGGUAUUCCUGCGCGGCACUGGAAGAAGCAACCGUUUGGUGAAGCACAGAAUCCUCCAGAUCAUACUGGCCCUGUUGACAAUCUUGACCCUGCUAGUGGGUGGCAGAAAAGUUGA